AUGGAGCCCAAAUUCAAACAGGAGAUUCAACAGAUGAUGUACAUUGCAGGAGAGACACAAGAGGUCUCCGACCAAACUACCAAGCUUAUUGAGGAAAUCAUCCGAGAUCAAGUCGUUCACAUGCUCAGAAUAGCCAACGACCUCGCCGCCCGCCGCGGCUCCCGCGUCUUCUCCAACAACGACCUAAUUUUCCAAGUCCGCCACGACAAAGCCCGAGUCGAACGCCUCCGCAUCUUCCUCACCUGGAAAGCCAUCCGCAGAACCGUCAAAGACUCGGACGAAAAAGAAGGCUUCGUCGACGAAGCCGAUCUCGAAGAAAACGUCGUCGCUCCCACUGACGACGCCCCCGCCGGCGGCAAGGCCAAGUUGCCUACCGUUACGCUCCCCUGGGACGCGGCAUCCUAUUUCUCUGAACAAGUGACCGAGGCAAGCCAGGAGGACCUGGUGGAGAUUACAAGCAACGAGGCCGCGCUCGAGAAGUUGAGGAGAAACGAUGAGCGGACGAGGGAUAUGACUGUUGCCGAGUAUGCGACGUGGUCAGAGUAUCGGCAUGCGUCGCUGACCUAUCGCAAGGCCAAGAGGUUUCGAGAAUGGUGUGGGCUGGGCGUAAUUGCAGAGAACAAGCCCAAUGAUGAUGUGAUGGAUAUCCUGGGGUUCUUGACGAGUGAGAUGGUGCAGAAGUUGACGGCGCAGGCACUCAAUGUCCAGAAGCAGGAGGCGCUCCGUCUCGGUGAGGAGACGGCGAUGACUGGGAAAGACAGAGGCUUGAAGACAGGUUUGGGCGGGCUUUUCGCUGAACCUGAGGGUCUUAGGAAGCCAGUUGAUAGUAGGCAUAUCCGAAUGGCGUUCCAGCAGCUGCAAGGGAGACCGAAAAAGAGUCGGGCGUUGCUGAAUGGAACCCGACUUUUGCAACCACCCGCUCUGAGACUUCUCUGA